AUGGUUCCAGCUGACGUAUUGCUCAAAACUCUCAUCCCAGGCUACGGGCUUUUAGCUCGUUUACUUCCUUCUUAUUUUCAUGUUAAUAUUACCUCCUAUCUUCUUGUCUUUGUAGGACACCUCGCGUUCUGGGCGUAUGCCAUGCCAUCAUUUUGGGACCGACUCCAAUCCCUCCUUCUACUGUUCUUGACGUCGGUUGAAAUUCACUACCACGACGAUCUCACCUUGAACCAUACGUUGCGAUUCGUUGCUGGCACAAGAAUGAACUUUGCUACCCUUUGGGAUGACACGGAGGAGGAUGAGAGAGAUCUGUCCGAAGCAGAUCAAUUGCGAUUCGAAAAUGAUCCAAGGCCAAGGGAUGUGCUAAAGGAUCUUUUAUAUAGUAUCCAGAAGACUUCUAGCGAGCAUGACAAACGUCAUUGGACACGGAUGGCAUCCAAGAAACCACGGCCCCUGUUGACAGUUAUCAUGGAUUCGGAACUGAAAAGGGGUAUUGUCCAAGAUAUACAAAACUACCUACAUCCUCGCACCCGUUCCUGGUACCAGUCCCGAGGUCUUCCAUAUCGGCGAGAUUACCUAUUUUACGGCCCGCCAGGUACAGGGAAGUCAAGUCUGUGUUUUGCAAUUGCCAGUCUAGUGCAGCUUGAAAUUUUUAUAGUCACUCUUCUGUUCCAGUCCCUACCAAAUCGAUGCAUCGUUCUGUUUGAAGAUGUAGACCAGGCCGGCAUCCGGAAACGCGACACCGAUAUUCCUCUAUCACGGAACCGGUGUGAAACAGACGAAAUCACCGACUGCGACGGCUUGGAACACCACAGUCCCAAGCAGCAAUCAAGCGGUAUAACUCUUUCCACAUUACUCAAUGUCAUUGACAGUGUAUCAGCGCAGGAAGGCAGAAUCCUGAUCAUGACAACCAACCACAUCGAAAAACUCGACGGCGCUCUCCUUCGUCCCGGACGAGUAGAUAUGCGAAUUCCCUUCCACCAUGUCGACUCGUCAGCUAUUCAGCAGCUUUUUCUCUCCUUCUUUCUAAAGCCCACUGAUACACUGGUUAUGGAAGGCACGGAGUUAUUUAAUUCGAUCGAUUCACCGCCUACCGCGGCCCGCCCCGAUUGGGAUAUUGAGGAAAUCAUGAAAUUAGCACUCGCAUUCAGAGACAAAGUUCCUCAGGGCCGUUAUACUACAGCUGAGGUUCAAAAUUAUCUGUUAUUACACAAGAAUGAUCCUGAGUCCGCAGUUCGUGAUGUGGUAGGAUGGGUGGAUUAAUCGUGGAACUGAACCAUAUCAAAC